UGUGGUUUUGGAUUUAGUAGCGUUGAACUUCUGCAGAUGAAUGAAAAGUUUUUAGGGGCUUUGCUGGUAGGCUACUGAGAUUGAGCUGAGGAGGAGAGAUUGAUAAUGGGUGAGCUGGCCAGCAGCAGGUGUUUGACCUUUGGAGGCCUGGUGCUCUUCUGUCUUCUGCUUGGAGGCGUCCGCGGACAGGGCACAGUGGUGGCCCGGGUGGGCGAGGACGUGACGCUGCCCUGCUCCUACGACGCGGUGCAGUACGGCGCGCUGGGGGUGUGCUGGGGCCGCGGGCCCAUCCCCACCAGCGGCUGCAGCGAUGAGGUGCUCCGGACGGACGGGAGCGAAGUGGUCAGCAGACUGAGCGAGCGCUACCGGCUCCCCUGGUUCCGUGGGCCGGGGGACGUCUCCCUCACCCUCGUGCAGGUGCAGGAGAGCGACGCGGGCGUGUACGGCUGCCGCGUGGACAUCCCCGGCUGGUUCAACGAUCAAAUCCACGAGACCACGCUGAGCGUUGUGGCGGCCCCCCCCCACGCGGUCCGCCUGGAGCUGGGGCCGGUGGGGGAGAAGACCCUCGGGGUGCGAUGGAGCCCGGGGCUGGACGGGGGGCGGCCCAUCACCGGCUACAGGAUCGACUACAAAGACAUGACCGCCCCCUGGGAGCAGGCCCUCACCACGGAGGGGGUGAGCCCCUCGCUGACUCAGGUCACGCUGAUCGACAUGCGUCCCAACAAGGCCUACACCAUUCGGAUGUUCGCUGUCAACAGUGAAGGCCUGAGCGAGCCCAGCAACGUCGUCACGGUGUCCACCAAAGAAUCAGUGCCCGACGGCCCCCCGCUGGACGUCAAGGUGGAGGCUCUGACGCCCCGCAGCCUUAGAGUCACCUGGAAGCCGCCCAGAAUGGAGCUCCGCAACGGGGUGCUGCGCGGCUACGUCAUCAGCUACCGGGAGUACAUCUCGGCCACACGGCUCGGGAAGUGGCUUCACCAGACCGUGUCCUCCACCGCGGACCCGGGGAGCAAGGUGCUCAACUACCUGAGGCCCGCCACCCAGUACAGUGUGCUUAUCGACGCCAUGACCAUGGCGGGCCGCGGGCCUGCCUUCACCGCACCCCUCUGCUCGACGCUGGCUGAAGUCCUCGCAACAACCACACAGGGCCCCACCACUGCUGCCACAACUUUCGAAAAAAGCACGGCAACUUCCAAACAAAACCCUACAACGCUCGAACAAAUCACGAUACCUUUCGGAGAAAUCUCUACAACUUCCUCACCAGUGACCCCAGGCCCCCCGACGUUGGAGCUGCUGGGGGUCCACGACGAGCAGGUGUCUCUCCGCUGGACGGCUGGCUUCAACUGGGGCAUCCCCGUCUCCAGCUAUGACCUGGAGUACAAAGAGGACAAAGCAACAUGGGACUCCACCCAGAGAAUCGGGGGCAUCAGCCCCAACCAGUCGGAGGCCACCCUCAUAGAGAUGCGUCCCUCCACCUACCACAUCCGUGUGUUCGCUCGGAGCAGUGCGGGGAGCAGCCCUCCCAGCAACGUCCUCACCUUCAUCAUCGCAGAGAAAGGUCCGCAGACUGACACACCAACGACCGUCCUACCUUUUACCACAACAGCUGCGGUGCUGGGGGAGGGCGUUGAGGGUAGCCCCGUGGCGGCCGUCGCGGUGCCCGUGCUGCUGGUGGUGCUCUUCGUCGCCGCCCUCCUGGUCGCGUGGGGAAUCCGACGAUCAAAAAGCAUGAAGGGUAGCCUGGCCAUAAGAGCCUUCCCCGGGAACAGGUCGAGGUUGAGCAACUCUGAGCCUCUAUCCGAGCUGUAGGAAUGUCUUCGGCCCGAUCCCGUCCUUGAUUCUGAUUAGCUGGAAGCCGCUGUAAAUGCUCUGCUUUGACCACAGACGUGAGACCACAAUUCAUAUAUUAGUGCAAGUAUGCUGGCCUGUGUUGCUUGGCAACCAUCUUGCUGUCUUGAGGAACUAUACUGCUUGGCGGUAUUGCUUCUAUCAUCUGUUUUCCAUUGUAAUGUUUUCCACUGAUGUUUUGUGUUGUUUUUGCUAAAUAAACAAACAUUUUCCU